AUGCACCGCAUGUUUGACAUAACCUCGAAGCAGCAUUUUGUCUCCACAGCUGUCAUCACUCCCCGUAACGUGGCCGAGGCUCAAGCCAUCGUCAAGCUUUAUAACAAGUUUGAGAUUCCCCUUUGGCCAUUCUCUACUGGCCGAAAUGUUGGGUAUGGUGGUGCUGCUCCCCGUAUACCAGGCUCGAUUAGUCUUAAUCUUGGCAAACAUAUAAACAAGAUCUUGAAGGUUAAUGUUGAUGGUGCAUAUGCUCUGGUUGAACCUGGAGUUACAUAUGCAGAUCUUUAUCAGUCCUUGGUGGAUAACAACCUUGAGAGGGGAGUUGGCUAUACUCCGUAUAAUAAGUCAUCUUCAUCGUUAUACCGACCAAGUAGUGACGGCCUUUAUAUUUCCCACGGCACACUAGUCUGUACGGGAAUGGGUGCUUUGCCAAACCCAUAUGCGGAUCUAAACGCCCCUCUACACGAGCAAGAGCCCAACUCGGCGUGGCAACUGUUUAAUUACGGCUUCGGUCCCUAUAACGACGGCAUCUUUAUGCAAUCGUCUCUUAGUAUUGUUAUCAAAAUGGGUAUCUGGCUUAUGGUGAACCCUGGCGGGGAUCUUAAGACAAAAAAGUUUAACCUAGGCCGCUGGAAUUUCUAUGGGGCGCUUUAUGGCCCUGAACCUAUUCGGAAGGUUAUAUGGGAAGUUAUCAAGGGUGCUUUCUCAGCCAUCCCCAGGGCCAAGUUUUACAUCCCGGAGGAUAUGCCUAAUAAUGUUAUUUUGCAGACCAGAGAUCUUACCCUCCAGGGAAUUCCCACCAUAACUAAGCUUAAAUAG